AUGAAAAUCGGGCUGAACUUCCAUUUCAGCGAUACGUGGACCAAUUCAGCGCUGCAGGGAAUCCCUUCGGGCUGGCCUACCGAUAUCGACGGCUUGGGGCAGACAAUCUACACGUACACGCUUGACUGCCUCAAUCAUUCCGCUGCAGCUGGGUUAAAGCCUGGGACCAUAACACUCGGCAACGAGGUCAACAGCGGCAUUCUGGUCCCGGUUGGCGGCUACGACAAGCCGCGGAACCUCUCCCGCCUUCCCAAACCGGUAUCAGCCGCUGUCAUGGCAUCGAGUUUAUCGCCCAAGCCAAAGCGACUGCUACAUCUCAUUUUGUGCUGCGAACCAAUGGCCAAUAGGCUCUCCCUGGACGACUUCGAUAUUCAUACGCACUCGAUGUAUCCCCACUGGGUGAGAACGCGUCAUUCUCUAAAUUUAUCGACUUGUCGGCUCGCUUGAAAUCCAAGUAUGGGAACAAGGAAGUCCAGGUCGUGGAGACCGGCUGGCCCCUUGCGUGUCCCAACUCGGAGUACAAGUUCCCACUCGACCAGACUGACAUCCCAUGGAGCUCUGAGGGUCAAGAAAUCUAUUUCCAAAGAAUGGCAAAAACUCUUACAGUGGCGGGCGCCACGGGAUUCAAUGUAUGA